AUGUCUAUCUAUCUAUUUAAUACUAAAGACCCUAUUUUUUCUCUCUCUUUCUCUCUCCUUAUCUAUCUAUCUAUCUAUCUUUUCUUAUCCAUUUCACUAUAUAUCUAUAUCAGCUUUUUCUAUCUAUCUAUCUAUCUAUCUAUCUAUCUAUCUAUGACUCUUUCUCCUACUCUCUAUAUCUCUCUCUAUGGAUCUAUCUAUCUGUAUACCUAUCAGUCUGUUUCUAUCUAUCUAUCUAUCUAUCUAUCUAUCUAUCUAUCUAUCUAUCUAUCUAUCUAUCUCAGACUACUUAUUAUAUCUAUCUAUCUAUCUAUCUAUCUAUCUAUCUAUCUAUCUAUCUAUCUAUCUAUCUAUCUGAUUCUCUUACUCUCUAUCUCUCUCUCUAUCUAUCCAUAUAUCUAUCAGUCUGUUUCUCUGUUUCUCUGUCUCUGUCUGUCUGUCUGUCUGUCUGUCUGUCUCUCUCUCUCUGUCUCUCUCUCUCUCUAUCUAUCUAUCUAUCUAUCUCAGACUUUGUUCAUAUCUAUCUAUCUAACUAUAUAUCUAUAUCAGUCUGUUUAUCUGUCAGUAUUUACUUAUCUAUCUAUUUCAGUAUGUUCAUAUUCAUGUCAGUCUUUAUCUAUCUAUCUAUCUAUCUAUCUCACUAGCUAUCUCAUUCUAUUCAUAUCUAUCUAUCUAGCUAGCUAUCUAUUUCAGUCUCUUCACAUCUAUCUAUCUAUCUCAGACUGUUCAUAUCUAUCUUAUCUAUCUAUCUAUCUAUCUAUCUAUCUAUCUAUCUAUCUAUCUAUCUAUCUAUUACAGUCUCUUCAUUAUCUAUGUAUAUAUCUAUGUGUCUUUCUAUUUAUUUCAGUCUCUUCAAAUUUAUCUAUCUCAGUCUGUUCAUAUCUAUGUCAGUCUAUAACAAUCUACUCCUCUCAGACUGUUCAUAUCUAUCUAUCUAUCUAUCUAUCUAUCUAUCUAUCUAUCUAUCUAUCUAUCUAUCACGAUCUCUUCAUUAUCUAUCUAUCUAUCUAUCUAUCUAUCACGAUCUCUUCAUUAUCUAUCUAUCUAUCUAUCUAUCUAUCUAUCUAUCUAUCUAUCUAUCUAUCUAUCUAUCUAUCUAUCUAUCACAGUCUCUUCAUUAUCUAUCUAUCUAUCUAUACAUCUAUCCAUCUAUCUUUACAUCAGUCUAUAACUAUCUAUCUAUCUCAGACUAUUUAUAUCUAUGUUAGUCUAUAUCUAUCUAUCUAUCUAUAUGUGUCUCUUCAUUGUCUAUCUAUCUUGGUUUCUUCAUAUUUAACUGUGUAUGUAUUUCAGUCUCUAUCUAUCUAUCUCAGUCUAUUCAUAUCUAUGCCAGUCUAUAACUAUCUAUUCCUUUCAGACUGUUCAUAUCUAUCUAUCUAUCUAUCUAUCUAUCUAUCUAUCUAUUUAUCUAUCUAUCUCAGUCUACUAAUUAACAAUUUGGAAAUGACAUAUAUCAGAAUAUACUUUGACGAACAACUCUCUUCAGUUUAUAUCUAUAAAUAUUUUAUGAAAUAA